AUGGGCAAAGAGGCGGGAACAGUGCCACUGCCCCCUCACCAGCGACUGACAGUGAAGGACCUAUAUGUGGAUGGUAAGCCCAAUGCUGAGAUACUGAAGAACCAUUUGAUCAAAGAGGGACGUGUGGAGGAAGACGUUGCGCUGCGCAUCAUAAACGAGGGUGCCAACAUCCUAAGGCAGGAGAAGUGCAUGCUAGAGGUGGAGGCUCCAAUCACUGUAUGUGGUGACGUUCACGGACAGUUCUUCGACCUCAUGAAGCUCUUUGAAGUUGGUGGUUCCCCCGACAACACGCGCUAUCUCUUCCUGGGCGAUUAUGUGGACAGAGGAUACUUCAGUAUUGAGUCAUACUUGUCUGUCUGUCUUUGUUUCCUUACAGGUAAAAUAAAGUAUUCAGAGAGGGUUUAUGACGCAUGUAUGGAGGCCUUUGACUGCUUGCCUCUUGCAGCUCUUCUAAACCAGCAGUUCCUCUGUGUACAUGGUGGCCUCUCACCAGAAAUCAACUGCUUAGAUGACAUUAGGAAAUUAGACAGGUUUAAGGAGCCCCCGGCAUUUGGGCCUAUGUGUGAUUUGAUCUGGGCCGACCCGGGAGAGGACUAUGGCAGUGAGAAGACGGUAGAGCAUUUUAACCACAACUCAGUCAGAGGAUGCUCCUAUUUCUACAGUUAUGCAGCAGUCUGUGACUUUCUGACAAACAAUAACCUGUUGUCAGUAAUUAGAGCACAUGAAGCACAGGACGCAGGGUACAGGAUGUACAGAAAAAGUCAGACAACAGGCUUCCCUUCAUUAAUUACCAUUUUCUCAGCACCAAAUUACCUAGAUGUCUAUAACAACAAAGCGGCUGUAUUGAAAUAUGAAAACAAUGUCAUGAACAUUAGGCAGUUCAACUGCUCUCCUCACCCGUACUGGUUACCCAACUUUAUGGAUGUGUUUACGUGGUCGCUGCCCUUUGUGGGCGAGAAAGUGACUGAGAUGUUGGUGAAUGUCUUAAACAUCUGCUCUGAUGAUGAACUCAUGUCAGAGGGAGACGACUUAUGUGAAGGUAAGGUUGUUCACACACACACACAUGUAUAAUUCAAUUAAAAUUAAUUAAAGUUUG